UUGCAGUACUUCGACAAAUCCACUUUUGGGACGACGAAAGAACAGAAAGCUUUCGAAAAAAGUUUGUUCCAGAAAACGUCGAGGAACUCGUCAUCCGAAAUUAUUCUUCUUGAUGGUGUGACCUGUAUCUAUCGAUCAAACGUUGAUUUGUACAUGUACGUCUUGGGCAGCAGUCGCGAGAACGAAUUGGUCCUUGAAUCAUUAUUGAACUGCCUUUUUGAUGCCAUUUCUACUGUCCUUCGGAAGAAUGUUGAGAAAAAGGCACUGAUCGAUGCCAUGGACACCUGCAUACUGAUUAUUGACGAAAUAUGUGAUGAAGGGAUCAUUCUCGAAACAGACCCUCAAGCGGUUGUCUCGCGAUGUGCAUUGAAAGCUGAUGAGAUCUCUUUCUCUGACCAAACCUUCUCGCAAGUCGGCAUCUCACUUAUGAGUUCAGCAAAGGAGCAGUUCAAGUGGUCAUUGUUGAAGUAG